AUGCAGAACAGAGAAGAUAGUGAACAGUUGGUGCAGAAUUCUGACUUUCUGAAAAGUGUGCCUGUCCAGAGAAAGAAGAAAACAUCCACGUGCUCCAACAGUAGCAGAAAGAUUAGCUCCUCCCUUUCAAGACACAAACGAACCCACACAGGAGAGAAGCAAUAUAAAUGCUCCCAUUGUGGGAAAUGUUUUAGUACCCGUUCAGGCCUUUUAAAGCAUGAGCGAUCCCACACAGGAGAGAAGCCAUAUAAAUGCUCAUAUUGUGAGAAAUGUUUUAGUACCAAUACAGACCUUUCAAAUCAUGAACGAACCCACACAGGAGAGAAGCCGUAUAAAUGCUCCUAUUGUGAGAAACCUUUUAGUUCCAGUUCAAACCUUUCAAAACAUGAACAAAUCCACACAGGAGAGAAGCCAUAUAAAUGCUCCUAUUGUGGGAAAUGUUUUAUUUCCAGUUCCAAACUUUUAAGGCAUGAGCGAACCCACACGGGAGAGAAGCCAUAUAAAUGCUCAUAUUGUAGGAAAUUUUUUAGUGACAAGUCACACCUUUCAAUACACGAACGAACCCACACAGGAAAGAAGCCAUAUAAAUGCCCGUAUUGUGGGAAAUGUUUUAGUAACAAUUCAGACCUUUCAAGACACAAACGAACCCACACAGGAGAGAAGCCAUAUGAAUGCCCAUAUUGUGGGAAAUGUUUUAGAAACAAUUCAGACCUUUCAAAACACAAACGAACCCACACAGGAGAGAAGCCAGGUAAAUGCUCAUACUGUAGGAAAUCUUUUAGUACGAGUUCAGAUGUUUUAAGGCAUGAGCGGUCCCACACAGGAGAGAAGCCAUAUAAAUGCUCAUAUUGUGGGAAAUGUUUUAGUGACAAUUCAUACCUUUCAAAACACAAACAAACCCACACAGGAGAAAAACCAUACAAAUGCUCAUAUUGUGAGAAAUGUUUUACUACCAGUUCCUACCUUUUAACACAUGAGCUAUCCCACACAGGAGAGAAUCCAUACAAAUGUUCACACUGUGGGAAAUCUUUUGGUACCAGUUCAGGCCUUUUAAGGCAUGAGCGGUCCCACACAGGAGAGAAACCACAUAAAUGCUCUGAGUGUGGGAGAAGCUUCAGCCAGAAAGCACACCUUAAGUCUCAUAUGAAAACACACGCCAAAGACUAA